CUGUGUUGUGUAGAUGGCGCAGCGAACUUGUAAACUGCGUUGCCGAACUGACGUUUUUGGUUAUUUUUGUUCUCGCCUCGUGUUUACUUUAGUGUCUAAUUUCGUUCCAAUUGCGAAAAUUCAGUUGUGCAACACCCGAAAGUUCAAUAUUUUGAUCACAUACUGCACCUCAUAGAGGAAUAGUAUCGAUCCGCAGUUUCGGAGUAGGUAUAUGUAUACAGUUCUAUCACGUGGUGGUGUGGUGGUUUAUAUAAUUCUUGUUUACCGCACAAGCAGAAAGUUUGCGCAUGUGCGUCCCGUCAGUAACCUCAAACUGUAGAGCGGACACGGAUUCGGCAGGUUCCGGAUAUCCGGGUCGGUGCGCGGAGGCGCUAGGUGGCUAUCCUGUGAGUGUGAUGCGCCCUCGUGGCUGGCGUACGCGCCCCGCGUGUCCACCGCAGCGUUGGUGAUAUCGGCACGCGCGUGACAUGGCCCAGACUCAGUUCUCGCGGAGUUCGGAGAGCGACGCAUGGGCGCUGCUCUCGCUCAAGUCGGCGCCGCCGUCGCCGUCCAAGGUGCAGUGGGCGCAGGAGCCGCCGCCGGUGGCAAUCGCGCGCCUCGACGGCCGCGACUUCGAGUACUUGAUCCGGCAGAAACGCGUCGUGAUCGGACGCAACUCUAGCCGCGGCCAAGUGGAUGUGAAUAUGGGACAUUCGAGCUUUAUUUCGCGACGCCACUUGGAGCUGUUCUACGACCAUCCGGAGUUCUACCUGACCUGCAACAGCAAGAAUGGCGUGCUGGUGGACGGUGUGUUCCAGCGCAAGGGUUCCGCCGCCAUGCUGCUGCCGCGCAGAUGCACGCUCCGCUUUCCGUCCACCAACAUCCGGCUGGAGUUCCAGUCACUGGUGGAGGAGAGCGGCGCCGGGGGGAGUACCGGGCCGCCGCUGCCGCCGCUACGGAUCACCAUACCCAUGGACAACGAUGGCCGCAGCCCUGCGCCCUCCCCUACUGGCACAAUAAGCGCAGCGAACAGUUGUCCAACGUCGCCCCGCGGCGCCGGCUCGUCGGGGCGGCGGCACGCCGACCUCGGGCUCGUAGCGCAGUACGCGGCGCUGGCUGACUCGCACCGCCCUGUUUCUAAUGGCAAUGCUGCGUCAUCAACAAGCGAAUCCGGCUACAGUAGUGCCCGCGAAGCACGCGAGGCGCGGGAGGCGCGCGAAGGACGCGACGACGCGAAGCCUCCGUACAGCUACGCCCAGCUGAUCGUGCAAGCGGUCGCAUCCGCACCCGACAAGCAGCUGACCCUCAGCGGGAUAUACAGCUACAUCACUAAACAUUACCCCUACUACCGCACAGCGGACAAAGGCUGGCAAAACUCCAUACGUCACAAUCUCUCGCUUAACCGAUACUUCAUAAAGGUGCCGCGCAGCCAGGAAGAGCCCGGCAAGGGCAGCUUUUGGCGUAUCGACGCUCAGAGCGAGAGCAAACUGAUCGAGCUCGCCUUCCGCCCCCGUCGGCCGCGUGGCGUGCAGUUCCGCGCGCCCUUCGGACUUUCCUCCAGGAGCGCGCCGACGUCUCCGUCGCAGGUGGGCGUGUCCGGGCUCGUGACGCCCGAGGAGCUGUCCCGCGAGCCCACGCCCGACCUCUUCACCAACGAGGAGCAUGAACAACAGGCGGGCGCGUCGUGCAGCGCGGGCCGCGCGGGCGCGCAGUACGUGUUCCCGCGCGCCGCCGCCGGCGCCAGCCAGAGCGCGCCGGGCUCGCCGGGCGCAGGCGUAGGCUACAGCGGCGGCGGCGCGGGGCUGGUGGUGGCGGGGCACCAGAUCACGGUCGUCACCAACGGAGCCGGCGGCGAACGGGAAGAGAAGUAUGUGGUGGGCACGACGUCUGGCGGUAACCUGGUGUCGAUCCAGGAGGAGGACGCGCCGGCCAACAACGUCGUCAUACACCAGCACUCGCCUUACUACGCCGGCGGUUACGGCGGUGGCGAGGAAGGCUGCGAGGCGCUUGGAGGCGAGCUCGUGAUCGAGGAAGCGCCCGACCCGCCGCACAAGCGACAGCGGCGGAACAACAUGUCUGAUUUAGACGAGCGACGCGCGUAUUGACGGGCCGCGCGCCCCCGCGCCGCGCUAGCCGCCGCGACAUCACGACACGUCACCGAGCAACAUGGCGGCACUCGGAGGUAACGCGAUCCCAUUGGCGGACUGUGCACAUAUCGCGCGCGAGAGACAUUCGAUUGGCUAGCGAUGAACCAAUCAGCGUUCGACUUGGUAGUGGAAAGUUUGAAUAUUUGAAUUAAGAAUUUUCGUUCUAAAGAACCGAAUAAAUGGUAUUAAUUAUGCUCGAUAAAUGGCACAAUAUUCAAGGAUUAUUUAUUUAUUUUAAUUUUAAAUCGGUUAUUAAUAGAUCAGAAGUUCGUACAACUUUAUUAUCAAAGUGAGAAAAACUUGUAGAUUCUACUACUAACUAGAGUCACAAUUUUGCCGCAGCUUCUACAAUAACAUAACCAUAAACAGCCCGUAUACAUCUCACUGCUGGGCACAGACCUUCCCUCUAUCAACCGGAGAGCUUAUGGAGCAGACUCCAUCAGCUAAGGGGCCGUCCAUUAAUCAUGUGAUGUUUUUUAUAGCAUUUUUAACCCCCCCCCAUCCUAUAAGACGUGUAUUUUUUAGUACGUACCAAAAUAAUUGCACGAAACGCCGAUUUUCGGUUCGGUAUCGCGCGUUUGCCGAAAAAAAAAUACUCGUGAUAUAUUACUACACCCCCCUUCCCCUUAUGAUAUUUCGUGAUUUUUUCAUGGACCCCUCCCCUCCUCUCGAGCCUCGCAUGAUUAAUUAGUAGAAGUGGAAUACACAUCAGCCUUCAGUGUUCCGUUUAUCUUACAAC